GGGGCGAGGGGGAGGGUGUCCCGGCGUCGCCAUCUUGAGGGAGAGCCGAGCUCUCUUCGCGUCUCGCUGCUGUUGCCGCCGCCACCACCACCCUUGCCUCGCUCUCCCAUCUCUCUCCGUUCUCUCGUCCUACUCGCAUCCGAAAGCCAACGCGAUGGAGGAGAGGGAAGACCAGGUCUAUCAAGCCAAGCUGGCCGAGCAAGCGGAGCGCUAUGAUGAAAUGGUGGAGGUGAUGAAGAAGGUGGCCGGGCUCAACCUGGAGCUGUCGGUGGAGGAGCGAAACCUGCUGUCGGUUGCCUACAAGAACGUGAUCGGGGCACGGCGCGCAUCCUGGCGCAUCAUCUCCUCCAUCGAGCAAAAGGAGGAGAGCAAGGGCAGCGAGGGAAAACUCAAGAUCAUCCGCGAGUACAGGCAGACUGUGGAGAAGGAGCUGAAAGAUAUCUGCAUGGACAUUCUGGAGGUGCUCGACAAGCACCUGAUUCCCGCCGCCAUGACGGGUGAAUCGAAGGUCUUCUACUACAAAAUGAAGGGCGACUACCACCGGUACCUGGCAGAGUUCGCCACCGGCAAUGACCGGAAGGAGGCAGCGGAGAACAGCCUGGUGGCGUACAAGGCAGCGAGCGACAUCGCAACCACCGAGCUGCCACCCACGCACCCCAUCCGCCUCGGCCUCGCGCUCAACUUCUCCGUCUUCUACUACGAGAUCCUCAACUCGCCUGACCGCGCUUGCAAGUUGGCCAAGACUGCGUUUGACGACGCCAUCGCAGAGCUGGACACGCUGAGCGAAGACUCGUACAAGGACUCGACGCUCAUCAUGCAGCUGCUGAGGGACAACCUGACGCUGUGGACGUCUGACAUGCAAGGCGACGCUGAGGCCGAGACCGUAGAGAGCAAGGAACCAGUGCAAGAUGCCGAAGACGAGAAGAACUAGGCCUUGCACCACCCAAACAAAACUCCCGCCCGCCAUCCCAAACCCCCACUGCCGGGCCACCCUCCCACCCCAAUCCCCCAGCCUCCCCUUCGGCCGCUCUCCUUGCUCCCCGACCCCUACCCCCCCCCAAGCCCCCUGUGCCCUGCCCCCCACACCCCAGCCAGGCAGCCGGUCAGAAAAUUUCAUUCACCAGAAAAAGGGGGGAGCAGUUUCAGUCAACCCCAGAUUAGAUUACAUACUACAUGAAAUAAAUGAUGAGACCUUUUCAAAAAAAAAAACUUUGCUUUUUUUGUCCUGCGUUUAAGCUGUGGGUGGCUUUCUUUAGGUGGCUAUUUCGUGUUGCGUCUGCAUGCUUUAGGUGAUGUGAGGUGGAAAUAACAAGUUUGGCAGUGCCCGCUUACAGUAACACCAGUAAAAAAUAUUUUUUCGGUUUAUUUUUAAAAAAAUAUCAGCCCGUUGACGUUCACAUGCUUCCCCCGUGUCCCCCCCCUCCCUCCCGUUCACCAUUGCACUAAAAAUAGCUUUGGGAUUUUGGGUUUCCUUAUUCGUCAAACGCAUUUCCAUUGUCCACGCUGCUUUGAUAAUGAGCAUUUAAAGCUUAGAAUGGAAUUACAGUAAUUUGGAAAAGUGGAAAACUACUGCAGUUUAUAGAUUGCUCUUCUGCCGCUAGCCUUUGCAGUUUAUUAAAGCAAGUCCCAUCGGCCGCGGGGAAACGUGUGUGUGUGUGCAAAGCACACCGCAUCCUGCCCCUCGUGGGCAGAAACCGGAUUCGGCAGAAAUGGACUGCAGUGGUUGGGUGCUGUUUGAAAAGGAAAUCCUAACAAUCCAUUGGGUACCGGCGCACUGUGCUCCGAGCAUUUAGCAUUUGAUCAGCGCAUCGCACUGCAUACUUUAUUGGGCGCUAUCGGCCUCUUGCUGACUGACCAUAGUUCUUGCUUCUUCAGAUCAAAACCAACACCGUGGGCCCCCUGACCAGUUUGUCACGUUGAUGUGUGUUGUGCACAGGGUGUUAUUGGCUAAAAAUGUGAAAGUGAACAAAUUAAUGAAGUUUUAACGUCUUGAUUUUUACAUGCCACUGGAAUUAGGUCUUGUUAUUUUGACGAUUGUGGGUGCCCAGUAAGAAAUGUGUGGAUGCGCCGACGUAAUUUUAACAACCCUGUUUAUUUUCUCCACCGAAAAAAAUAGAGCCUAAAAGCAGAGUGGGGGAGGAAGCUGAAUCUGACUGCAUUGAGGUACCAGCUGUUUUGGUUUAAAAAAACAUGACCAGGAGACUUUGCAGGAACGUUUGGUUCAUCCACAUUUUUUUCUGUUGGACCUUCAUUAUCCUGAAUUGGGGCAAUACGAGUUGACCCAAAAUCCAGUAUUGACGUCCCAGGAAAUCCUACUAGGGAAGACAACCACUCGCUCGCUCACUCGAAUUUGGGGAAGUUAAAUUGUCUUAACGCGUAGCUCACUUCGGCUGCAUCAAACGAUAUAAAUUAUAAUUCAAAGAGGGUGUUUACAUGUGCAAAUGUUUGACGUACAGCUCAACUGCUACUGUUGGCUCUUGCUAUUCAGAACGCUUUCUUCACCGUUUGAUUCCUGGAUGUAUUUGCGAAAACGAAACUGUACUGGCUGCUGUCUUGGUUUGAUGGGCAGAGGGAGUUGGAUACAAUGUCGUCGAGAUCAUGCUUAACUGUGCUGCUACGGCGGACGGAGUAACUUCUGUAGAUCGUUAUGAAAAAAGUGUGAUCUUAGGUGUUCUUGUAUUUCAAUCUAAUUUUGUUUUUGUUAAAGAAAUACUUGACUUCAUUAAGAAAAAAAAUUAAAAGGCUGCACACACCCCUCCCUCCCCCCCCAUGUGCUUAAUUGUUUGAGUGUACUAAUUGCGGCUUUGUAAAACUUUUUUAAUUAACAAGUUUAGGGUGUUUUUUUUGUUAUUGGCUACAAAUGGUGACCCCCGCCCCCCGUGUUUGUGAUUGAGUGCGUUGGCGUCCGGAGGAGGAGGAGCGGGUCCGAUCGCAGUACACCCCGUGCGUAGCCACUGCACAGCAUCAUGGUUAGCCAUCACAAGCCGAUCCGAUGUCUGUUUACUGGUGAUGGAAUUUAAAAAAACAAAAAACUAAAUAAACCCAACUUACGUGGAGUA